AUGCUCGCAUCCGCUGAAUCCGCCCACGAAUCAUCCGACAUGUUCUCUUCUGGCGUCGAUUCGUCCUUGGAAAGAGAGCUCUCGUCGGCGGGACUCACGGGAUUCGCAACCCUUAUCAAGCACGCGGGACUCAUGCCAGAGCUCGAACUCCGCGCGCGACUCGGAUCCGCGCUGACCGUGUUCGCGCCGACCAACGUCGCGCUCAUGCGCGCGGACCCCGCCCUCCUCGCGUUCCUCAAGCUUCCGCGCAACGCCGCGCUGCUCCGCGACGUGCUCCUGUUCCACGUGGUCGCGCGGCCCGUCUCCGCGUUCGCGUGGGAAGGGUCGUACGAGACUAUGCAAGGCGCGCCGAUCGCGCUCCACGUGGACGCGCUGGCGUUCCAGGUUGGCGGAACCAGCGUGAAGCAGUACCGCGCGCUCACGCUCUUCUUGAAUCCCCUCUCCCCCGACGAGCGCCAUUCCGGAGAAGGCGCGCAAUCCGCCGCCGCGUCCGCGCAACUAAGUAUCGAGGGCGGCGCCGGGGGGAGCAGCACGGUCGUGGUUCACACCGUCAACGCGCUCCUCCUGCCUCCCUCCGUCGACGAUCUACUCUUGAUGACCGCCGGUGAUCUCUCUAUCGCCGCCGGGAUGGGCGAAGGCGGACGGCAACUAGCUGAAUCGUCGGGGUCCGGUAGCCCUGCACCCGCGUCAUCUCCCAACCCGGCGCCCGCCCCGCCAGUCCAGCCGUCCCCUCCUCCGCCAACUCCUGCUUCUCCUCCGCCUCCGCCCAAGAGCGGUGCGCGGGUCAUGGUGUGCGAUAAAUGUGCGAAGAAGCUGUCAAAGGUGAUUGUGCCGGACAAGUGGAAGGAGGGCGCGUCCAACACCACUGAGAGCGGCGGCAGGAAGAUCAACGAGAACAAGCUGCUGUCCAAAAAAAAAAGGUACACUCCGUACGCGUCAUCAGCAUCUUUCAAGUGCAUUAUUUGCAAGCAGCAGCUACACCAGGAGGGAAAAUACUGCCACCUAUGCUCUUAUAAGAAAGGUGUGUGUGCCAUGUGUGGCAAGCAGCUGAAGUACAAGGCAUGGUGCAUGUUUCACGCCCACAGCGCAGUCACAGCGAUGAAGAGCACCCCAGCUAGACCAAAGCAGAAGGCGACAAUGGCGGCCACUGCCUGGCUUCUGGACUUGAACACGCCUGUGGAGGAGGAGAGUGCAGCAAUGGCUCUUUCCAUAAAGGGCGCUAGCAUGAGAGCUCUGCAGGAGGGGUUGGAGGGAUAG